AUGGAAGCAUUUGAGCAUAAUGAUGAUUAUCCAGCAUUAUUACCGAAACAAAUUCGAAAAGUACCAAAAAGUAUAGAAGAAAUUGUACGAAUUACGAAAUUUAGUAAAACUGAAAUACGAUUACUUUAUAAAGGUUUUAAACAGGAAUGUCCUAGUGGUGCAGUAACAGAACCAGAAUUUCAAGCAAUUUAUUCACAUUUUUUUCCGCAUGGAAAUUGUCAAAAUUAUACAAGCUUUUUAUUUCGUGUUUUGGAUAGACGGAAGCGGAUGUAUUUUACAUUUGAAGAUUAUAUUCAAACAUUAUCAAUUUUAGUUCGUGGUAGUAUUAAAGAAAAACUUCAUUGGAUCUUUCGUCUCUAUGAUAUUUAUGAUGAUGGUAAAUUAACAAAACAAACAUUUGAAACAAUUCUUCGCUCAAUAUAUGAUCUACUUGGAUCAAAUAUAUUUAUUCAUCAACCAAUUACUGAUGAAACAGUUGAAAAACAUACAAAUCUUCUUUUUGAAAAACUUGAUCUUGAUCAUUCGGGAACUAUUAAUUUAGAUGAUUUUGAAAAUUAUUGUUUAAAUAAUCAACAGCUAAUAGAUGAAAUCGAUUUUCUGACAUCGACUGCUGUUUAA